AUGGCACUCAGCAGUGCUUUUAAAAAAUCUUCCCUGCUGCUCCUCGGAUUACUUUCGUGCGCAGGGUUGACCAGAGCCGACAAUCCAAUUGUCCAAAAUAUUUACACAGCGGACCCGGCACCAGUGGUUCACGAUGGUCGCGUUUAUCUCUUUACCGGACAUGAUGAAAAUGGAUCAACGUAUUAUACUAUGAAAGAUUGGCGUCUGUUCUCGUCGGCAGAUAUGGUCAAUUGGUGGCACCAUGGCUCGCCGAUGGGCCUGCCCACCUUUAGCUGGGCUGAUCUCAAUGCAUGGGCUGGACAAGUUAUUGCUCGGAAUGGAAAGUUCUACUACUACGUACCAGUUCGCCACAAACAAACUGGCACCAUGGCCAUCGGGGUUGGCGUCAGUAAUAACAUCACUGGUCCGUACAAAGAUGCGUUAGGACAUCCUCUUGUCGAAAAUAGCGCGAUCGACCCUACAGUCUAUAUCGACGAUAAUGGUCAAGCCUAUCUAUACUGGGGUAACCCUGGUCUAUGGUAUGUGAAAUUGAACCAGGAUAUGAUUUCCUAUAGCGGAAGUGUCACCCAAGUCCAGCUUACAGUCGGAGGAUUCGGCAAGCCAAAUACCGGUUCCAGCGCUGUCAGCUCAUUUGAUGAGGCACCCUGGGUUUAUAAGCGAAACGGCCUUUACUAUAUGAUAUUUGCUGGCAAUUGCUGUUCCGAGAACAUUCGAUACUCGAUUGGUUCUAGUAUCACUGGACCCUGGACGUACAAUGGGGUCAUCAUGCCAACACAGGGUGCCAGCUUUACCAAUCACCCGGGAAUUAUCGAUUUUGGUGGCAGGUCAUAUUUCUUCUAUCACAAUGGGGCCCUUCCGGGUGGGAGCGGUUACACGAGGUCUGUGGCGGUCGAAGAAUUUACCUACAAUUCAGACGGCACCAUACCCCAAAUCACGAUGACUACAGGUGGUCCGAGGCAGAUUGGAACUUUAGAUCCGUAUUCCCGCCAGGAAGCGGAGACAAUUGCUUGGUCCAGCGGCAUAGAUAUCGAAAGUGCCAGUGAUGGCGGUAUUCAUGUCGCCUUUAUCAACAAUGGUGAUUAUAUCAAGGUCAAGGGUGUUGCAUUUGGCAAUGGUGCCUCCGGCUUUACUGCUCAAGUUGCAUCCGCAACGAGCGGUGGAACUAUCGAGCUUCACUUGGAUAGUAAGAGUGGUACAGUUAUUGGAACCUGUGUUGUUCCCUCAACAGGAGGCUGGCAGGUGUGGAAAACUGUGAAUUGCUCGAUCAAAAAUGCGCAAUCCACGCACGACCUGUUCUUUGUUUUUACCGGCAGUGGUUCGGAUUAUUUGUUCAACUUCGAUUGGUGGCAGUUUAGCUAA